CGUUGAAAACCGUAGUUUCGGGAAUAUAGAGAGAGAACAACAGAGGGGGCCGUCCAGUGGAGAGAGGAGACUCCUGGAUUGGAUAGUUGCAGUAGCAGCAGCCCAGUAUUGUUUUCAGAACCUAAACUACUCAGAAUUGGCAUUCGCACAUUAGUAUUAGAAAGGGGUUGAGUAGCAAAUCUCUAACCAAAAGGUUAAGGGUUUUUAAGUUAUCUGAACAGGACAAAGAAAACCUCGGUCCUAUAAGAAAUUUUAAAUUGUACGCCGCGUUUUAUCACCAUAUCAUUAGUAUUGGAAAAGCAAGGAGGUGAGGCGAGGUCGAAGAUGAAGUUCUGCAAGAAGUACGAGGAAUACAUGCAAGGACAAUGCCAGAGGAAGAAAUUGCCUGGGGUUGGUUUCAAGAAUCUCAAGAAAAUCUUGAAAAGGUGUCGACGACACCUUCAAUCCCGUGAUAACACUGCCCUUGUUCCUGAUCAUUUCGGAGAUUCUGCCCUCUGCGGUAGACCCUCCUCUUGCCCGGACUCUUGCCCAGUGUGUGAUGGCACGUUUUUCCCUUCGCUUCUGAAGGAAAUGUCAGAAGUUGUUGGCUUCUUCAACGAGAAAGCCCAGAGGUUGCUUGAGCUCCAUUUGGCAUCGGGUUUCCGUAAGUGUUUUAUUUGGUUUAAAGACAAAAUACAAGGCAACCAUAUCGCACUGAUUGAAGAAGGCAAGGAGUUGGUCACUUACGCACUGAUUAAUGCCAUUGCCUUGCGUAAGAUACUGAAGAAAUAUGAUAAGAUACACUACUCCAAGCAAGGCCAAGUAUUUAAGUCUCAAGCGCACAGUAGGAACCUUGAGAUUCUCCAAUCACCAUGGCUUUGUGAGCUGAUGGCCUUUCACAUAAAUUCGCAAGAGACAAAGGCCAAUACAAGGAAUGCUCCUGCAUUGUUCAACGGCUGUUCCCUCAUAUUUAAAGAUGAAAAGCCUUCUCUUUCUUGUGAGCUCUUUGAUUCAGUCAAGCUUGAACUGGACUUGACUUGUUCGAUAUGCUUGGAUACAGUUUUUGAUCCAGUGUCUUUGACUUGCGGUCAUAUAUUCUGCUACAUGUGUGCUUGCAAGGCAGGAUCAGUGACCAUAGUGGAUGGAUUAAAGGCAGCUAGUCCCAAGGAAAAGUGCCCCCUUUGCAGAGAGGCAGGAGUUUAUGAAGGUGCAGUGCAUUUGGAGGAGCUAAACAUUCUAUUAAGCCAAAGUUGUCCGGAGUACUGGGCGGCGCGACUACAGUCUGAACGAGCCGAAAGAAUUAGACAAGCCAAGGAGCACUGGGAAUCACAGUGUCGAGCAUUCAUGGGUAUAUAACAAGAAUCGCAGCUUUAAUUGUCCUUGAUUUGCUAUGCAUGUAUAAGGGAAUCUAUGGGUUUCUCUGGGAUUGGAACUGUUGUCUUCUCCGAGAUUUCUGAGCGAAACCAAAAUAACCUGUACAUAAAUAAGUUGGCUUUUGAACAAGGCUAACCUGAGCUCCAAAAUAACCGGUGGCCGCGUUAUCAGGUGAAUUUUGGAGGCCUAUUACUCGUUCUGUAUCGUCCUUUUGUAAUAACAUGCUUUUGGCAAAGAAAAAAAAU